AUGUUAUGGUAUUGUUUAUUAUGCGUAAUAUAUUUAGAUGAUAUUAAAUAUCAAAAUCCUAAUAUAGGUAUCAAUAGUGUUUUCACAUUAACUUUGAAAUUCUUCCUAUUAAUUAGUGCAAAUAAUCCAUUUUUGGGUGAUUUGUAUGACCGAUCAUUAGAGUUGGCCAAACUUUUGGAGAAACAAAAGAAGGAAGGAGUUACUCUACUUCCAUUCAAUGAGAUAUUGUAUUGCAACGUUGGAAAUCCACAUCUCUGUGGUCAGAAACCAUUGACUUUCUUCCGUCAGGUGGUGGCGCUCACCGAGUAUCCAGAGUUAUUAAACUCUCCAAAUGCAGAGAGCAUGUUUCCCAGAGAUGUAGUCAGUCGUUCUUGUCGAUUGUUAUCGGCGAUUGUCCAUACUGGUGCAUAUUCGAGCACCACAGGAGUCAAAGGAAUUCUUCAGAAUAUCGCGAAUUUCAUUGAGAAGCGUGAUGGUCAUCCUUCGGAUCCCUCUACCAUAUUCAUUACGGAUGGCGCAACUCAGAGCGUGAGAAGUAUACUCCAUUUUCUAAUUAGUGGCCGUGACGAUGGAAUUAUGACACCGGUGCCACAGUAUCCUCUUUACACCAUAUCGAUUAAACUCAAUGGAGGAACCGAAGUAUUCUACUAUCUCAACGAAGAGAGCAAUUGGAGUUUGGAAAUAACGGAGCUGGAGAGAGCCUACCAAGAUUCUGUGGCUAAAGGUGUCACUCCGCGUGCACUCGUUAUUAUCAACCCUGGAAACCCAACAGGUCAAAUCCUAGAUGAAUCCAACAUGAAGGAGAUCGUUUUGUUUUGUCACAAGAAAUCGAUGAUAUUGAUUGCUGACGAGGUAUAUCAAGGUAGUAUUUUCACUGAUGAACGACCGUUUAUAUCCUUUAAGAAAGUGGUAUGUGAUCUCGGUGAGCAAGUCAGUGGAAUCGAGUUGGUUUCCGUUCAUUCCAUUUCGAAAGGUCCCAUUGGUGAAUGUGGAAAGCGUGGAGGUUACAUGGAGCUGCAUGGUUUCAGUAAGUCGGUUAUCGAUGAGAUGGUUAAAUUGGCAUCGUUCUCCAUGUGUCCAAAUGUAAUUGGGCAAGUAUUGAUCGAUCUCAUGGUGUGUCCACCGGUAGAAGGUGACGAGUCGUAUCCAACCUACAAAGUAGAACGCGACGCCACAAUGAAUUCGCUAAGAGAUCACGCUAAAUUGCUGGUCGAUACUUUGAAUUCGCUGGAAGGUGUGACUUGUAACCAACCGAUGGGUUCACUCUAUGCAAUGCCAAGAUUAAGAUUACCACCUGCUGCCAUCGCAGAAGCCAAAUCUCUGGGAAGAGAGCCUGACGAACACUAUUGCUUACAGCUCUUGGAGGAAAAAGGUAUUCUAGUUACAUCUGGAAAUGCAUUUGGUCAACGUGAAGGUACCUAUCAUUUUAGAUCGACAUUCCUCCCUCCAAUGGAGAAAGUAUGUAAAGGUUUAAAGGAGUUUCAUGAGAAUUUCAUGUUAAAAUAUAAAUAA